UCAUUGAUUAAUACCGGGUAGGGCGGUUAGGGUAAAGAAAACUAUUUGAGAACCGAAAAUUCUCUGUUGUAAUAUAUAAUUCUUGAGCAUUGUAAGUAAAACAUUAUCAACAAUGUCUAAAUGUGGAAAUGAAGGUGAAAAUGUAUUAAAGGAAAAGUAUGUUUCCUCAUCAAAAGAAAGACUUUACAUCAAGCCACCUGAGCAGCAAAACAUUGUUAUAUUAGAAGAGAGGCGGUUCAGUGAUAUAACUAACUGGUUUACCCAAAUAUUUCUACCUCAAGGCUAUCCAGACAGUGUUAGCAAAGAUUACUUACCAUACCAAGUGUGGGACACAGCACAAGCUUUCUGCAGUACAAUUUCGGGCAUUCUUGCAACUCAAGAGGUACUUCGAGGAGUAGGGGUGGGAGAUACCAAUGCCACCCCUCUUGCAGCUACUAUUACUUGGGUCCUGAAGGAUGGUUGUGGACACAUUGGAAGAAUAUUAUUUGCUUUUAGUCAUGGAACUUUCCUAGAUGCAUACAGUAAAAAAUGGAGACUUUAUGCUGACACACUUAAUGACGCGGCAAUGUGCAUCGAAAUAGCUUUGCCGAUGUUCCGGAACUACACUACAUUUGCAUUAUGUGUCAGUACCGUCAUGAAGGCUAUUGUGGGUGUUGCUGGUGGAGCUACUCGAGUGGCGAUGACCCAACACCACGCAAUAAGAGGCAACAUGGCGGACGUAUCCGCGAAAGAUUCUGCUCAAGAAACUGCGGUCAACCUCAUUGCUUCGCUCACAGCACUGCUAAUUAUUACAUUAUUUGGAAACUCUAUUAUAAUAUUUAUAAUGAUGAUAAUACUUCAUAUUACUUUCAACUAUUUUGCUGUACGAGCUGUUUGUUUAAAAACAUUGAAUGAACCAAGAUUCCUACAAGUUAUCGAAACUUAUUUGAAGAAAGAAGUUUUGGCUACUCCUUGCGAAAUAAAUCAGAAUGAACCAAUCAUAUUUUAUCAAUUAGGACCAAAUCUAUUAGAUUUGAAGAUAGCCGGAUUUCAGAUAAAAUUAGGAGGUUCAGUGAAGUCUUUUGUACAGCGUAAUCCGAAGGCAGCGUGUUUGAAGGUCGUGAGCGAGAUCUAUGAGCGUCGCGAAUACAUGCUGCUCACCGACGUGGCGAGCCGCCAACUGUUAGUGGCGGUGAAGGAUUCCGCCGCGCCGGACGAUGUCUUGUGUGCUUACUUCCACGCCGUGCUGCUGGCUAUCGUGACGUGCGCUAUCAACGACCACUAUUUGCCAAUAUAUCAAAGUACGGGCUAUCCCCGGCCUUUCGCCCUAGUGUGCCAAGCGGUGCAAGCGGCCGAGUGGAGCCGCGCGGCCGCGGACGGCGCCGCCGCUGGCCGCUUCUCUUACGGGCCGUCCGCGGAGCUCGCGCGCUACGUCGACAAGAUCGUCAAUAAGGAGUGGCAUCGAAUGAGGGCCGGUAUGAGGCAGACAGGUUGGGACUUGAGUAAACACCUGCUAAUGGUGGACGAAUGGCGUAUAUGUAACCAAGCCAACGCCACAGUAGAACCACCCUCAAAUAAAUUGCAUUUGAAUGAAGAAAUCGGUGAGCCUGGCAACAAUCUAGUAUUUGGCGAUUUGCUGGGCCCGUCCAUGGAUAUCGACAGUAGAGAAUUCACGAUUGAACUCAAUGGGAGGUUCGAGAGGCUGCCGAGUGGAAUGACAUUCAGAAGACAAUCGGAUACAAAAGUACUGAACGCGACCGAAGCGAAGCCGGAUGUGGUUGACCUCGACAAGCAAUGACUGGUAGAUGUCCAAGUGGAUGUUAUUAAGCUGCGUCCGCUGCUACCUGUUAAAAGCAAGCUUUAGAACUGAAUCACUUGAAUCAGGUAACGCAUUAAACCAUAGAUGGUGGGAUCCUAUAGAUGUGCUAUACGCGUGCGUCCGUGAGGGACAGAACAUACGCAAUGCGACAAUAUGAUUGGUCGUGUUUAUUAGUUGCCCACCAUAAACCAUACUAAAUUUACGGUGGGGGACAACAAUCUCUGCUACUCCUACUGAACGAUACAUAAGACUAUCCCGUUCGGUCAUUUCCCCCAACCCCUCAUGCCUGAUCCAGUUAUAUACUAAUAGAUUCAUGCAUUAAACAAUAUAUCUAUGAUAGAUAUGCUCUUUUAGAGUUACAAGUAAGAUCCUCUUAUGAGUUGUCAAAGAGUUUGUUCUCGAUCGCAAUAUUAUUGGAAGCACAGUUGAAGCGUUGCAGUCUUAACCGUAAUCGGAGUAUACAGACUCAAUUCGCAAUAUUUGAGUUUGAUAACUGGACUAAGUAUUAUGGGCAAUUUGACUAUUAGUAGGGCAGUUUCAGGUGAUAAUGUGGACACGUUGGACAAAAGCACCAAUUUUUUUUCAGGUACUUGUUAGGUUAGGUUAGGUUAGGCCGCCAUUAAAUUGAAUAUGGCUGACGGAGGAGUUGGUUCCUAUCAAAAACUUAAAGCUAUGGACCUAACAAAAAAAUUGGUGCUUUUGUCCAUCGUGUCCACAUUUACGACAAUUUGUUCGAGCACUCUGCCCUUCUAUAUUAUAUGCGAGUCAAUAUAACAAGCCUUUACUAAUUGAUGCUGAUAAGGAUUAUCGACAGUUUGCGUUACUUACUCGUUUUUACGUAAUUAUUCAAGCAUUUUUGUCCCUAAGUCAUGCAAUAUAAGGGAAAUAAGUGUAUUUUAUAGUGUAUUAUUGUAAAUCAAUUUUUUAAAUAAUUUUUAAUGUAAAAAUACUACUACUCUAAGUAAGUAAAUUUGUACGUAAAUAAAUAAGUAUUAUAGGACAUUAUUACACAUAUUAACUGUCCCACAAGCUAAACAAGGCUUGUAUUGUCAACUAGACAACUUGUUGUUGUAGACUUAGACAACUAUAUAUAUAUAAUAUAUGUAUAAAUAUUUAUGAAUUGUAUUUAAAUACAUAGAAAAGACCCAUGACUCAGGAACAAAAUGUUCGUGCUCAUCACACUAAUAAAUGCCCUUACCAGGAUUUGAACCCGGGACCAUCAGGCAGGGUCACUACCCACUAGACCAGACAUGUCGUCAAAACCACCCACACAUGACGAAAAACAAAGACCACAAUUAAAAUAUUGUAUACAUAUACUAAGUUGCUAUGCAAAGGUAACACUAGUUUUAAAGGGAAUGUAAAUAUUUCAACAGACCAACUGAAAAUGACUGCUGGAUUAUUUUUAUUGUCGAUUGUAUUUAUCUGCUGCAUACCUGUUUCACAUAAUGUACGUUGACGAUAUUUCUUAUAAUCUAUACAUAUAUAUAUAUAUAUAUAUAUAUAAAUGCCUAAUCGCCGAUUAUAGGCUGAAAAUGUAAAGGGUUGGCCCUAG